CAAAUAAAACGAAGUGAUUGUAUUCUGUUUGAUGUCAAUUGUCAGUUUUCUGUUUUUGUUUCAAAGUAUUGAUUAAUAAUUGGUCAUUCUCAUUACAUAAAAUGAAGUACAUGAAGGAGUGCCAGUAGUAGAUUAAAUGUAGUUGAAAAACUAUUUCUCUCUCAGUGUAACAUUAAAAAGUGUUACUCAGAUAUUUCAAAUAAAUUACUGGGCGGAAUUUGUAACAUAACUCUUACUAAGAGUAUCUGAUAAGUUCCUAGAAGUAAACAAAAGCCAUGCAAAUACUUCUACUUACGUAUAACAUAUGGCAGUGUUGUUAAUGUAUUGUGUUCUUUAUGCAUUAAACCGGAAUUGAUAUUAUUAAAAAUAAAAAUGAAGGGAACGUUGAAAGUUCUUAUGUGGAAGCACCUGGUAGUGCGUGCUAGAAGAUUCAUUCAUACUCCAAUCGAAAUACUAUCGCCAACGAUAUUAUUUAUAACACUAUUUUGUGUUAAAAAUUCCUUAUUAGAUAUUAGCUCCUCUCAUGAAGAAGAUUUCAAUGUUUAUCAAACUCAAUCAGUGUACUUAAACUCCGUGGCUGGUCCUGAUUCUAUUUUCUACACACCACAAACUGAUCUUACAAGCUUACUGAUGAAUAAAGUUGGAGAGAGCCUUAUGUAUCAAGAGAAAUAUACAAAUGUCAUGAAGAAACCCAAAAUUACGCCCGCUCCAAAUCCAGAAGAGCUAUUAAAAUUUUCUAGGGAAAUAGAUGAAUCUGUAGCACUUGUUAUAUUUCAGAAUAUGUCCGGCACAUGGCCAGAGAAAUUGAAGUACACGAUACGGAUGAAGAACUCUUUCAAUACAUACACAUUUCGUUCCUCUUACAUUCUCGGUCAUCAUGAAUAUUAUGGUACCAUCUACGAACCAUUCAUGAAACUCCAAUGGGCUAUUGACUCCAACUACUUGGAACUCCUAACCGGCAACAAAAUAACCCAGCGCGUUACCCUACGAGAGUUUCCGUACGUGACGUCAAAGGAGAACAACAUGGCGAAGACGAUGUGCGCCAUUCUGAUGACGCUGUGCUCGAUUUCUCUGAUUCUGGUUUUCGUAUUCCUCGUGGCGCGGCUACUGGAAGAAAGAAUCACUGGCAUACAGGAGCUAAUCAAAAUGGUAGGCGUAUCAGACGGCCUGCUGGGCCUGAGCCACGCGCUGAACGCGGCGCCGGCGGGGCUCGCGUACGGCGCCGUGCCGGCCGCGCUCGUCACGGCCAGCUCCCUCCCGAUCCUGCCCGACACCAACCCGCUGCUGGUGUUCCUAGUGCUGGCGCUGCAUUACGUCACCGUUUUGGGCUUAGCCUUUUCGGCUAGCUACAUCAUCAAUAGCACUCAAUACACGGAGUCUCUGGCAGUGGUGAGUUAUGUGUUGCUGUACCUGCCCUGUCUGAUGCUGCAGAACCGCGACGUUCCGACCUGGAUAUUGCCGCUGUGCGGUCUGCUGCCUCACGUACCCUUGCAAUGGUUCUGGAACGAAGUGGCCGCUCUGCAGCAGUACGGUGUUGGUCUUACGUUUGCCAAUAUUGCGACCACACACAGCCCUAAAAGCGGCUCAGUGCUCGCCUGCUACCUUUGUAUGGUCGUACAAGCUUUCUUAUACUUCGGUCUCGCGUGGUAUUUGGCAAAAGUGAAGCCAGGUCCGUUUGGACAGUCUCAACCUUGGAAUUUCAUGUGUCAAAAGCAAUAUUGGAGCAAGAAGAAAGUCAUGCCUGAAGAAGAAGAGGAAGAAUUGGAAGAGUUUGACGAAGUGAACAACGAACCGCAGUACUUCGAGCCACAACCCAAAGAUAUGGAAGUCGGAAUCAAGAUCGUCAAUGUGUCCAAGAUGUUCGGAAAACAACGCGCCCUUUCUGACGUCACACUGGAUGUGUACAGAGGCGAGAUUACAGUGCUUCUUGGACACAACGGCGCUGGGAAAACCACCCUUAUGUCUAUUAUAACUGGUAUGCUGAAAGCUACAGAAGGCGAAGUGUAUGUUGAAGGUUUAGACACGUAUAAGCAAAGGGACGAAAUGCAAAGGAUCCUCGGUCUAUGUCCUCAACACAACUUGUUCUUCCCCGAUCUCACUGUGAUGGAACAUGUUAUGUUCUUUACAUUGCUAAAAGGUACAAACUACGCCGAAGCUAAAAAGUCAUCGACAGCUCUUCUUGAACAAUUAGGGAUCGCCAAUAAGUCUUCUUGCAAGAGCAGCCAACUAUCCGGCGGUAUGAAGCGCAGAUUACAACUUGCCUGCGCUCUGGCCGGGGACGCCAAGGUUCUAGUGCUGGAUGAACCAACUUCAGGUCUCGAUGUUGAAACCAGAAGAGAACUGUGGGACCUUUUACUUUCCCUCCGCGGAUCCCGCACGGUACUGCUGAGCACGCACUUCAUGGAGGAGGCGGAGGCUCUCGGCGACCGCGUGGCCGCGCUGCACGCCGGCCGCCUGCGCUGCCACGCGACCACCAUGCACCUGAAGCGCGCGCUCGGUACCGGAUAUCGCCUCACGUUCACUACGAUCGGGCUACCGAACGAGCCCGCCAUCACCGCCACGAUCACGUCGAAGAUACCGGAAGCCACGGUGAAGGAGACCUCGCUCAACUCGAUCUCGUACAACCUCCCUUCUAAAUGCAGCGACAAAUUUCCUAAACUGUUUAGCUUGCUGGAAUCCAAAAGGUCGUCACUCGGUAUUGACUCUAUCGGGGUCGGUAUUUCAACGCUUGAGGAAGUAUUCUUGAAGUUAUGCAGUGACGUCACCACUUCAUUUUCUGACGAUACUGUGGACGGACAAAACGAAGAGCCGACGUUUAAAACGAUGACUGGAGCGCGUCUUUACUUUCACCAAAUGGCCGCUCUUUUGAAGAGACAAGUGAUGUAUCUUUGGUCAAAGAAGCUGUCUUUUUUAACUAUACAAGUAUUGAUACCUAUCGCCUUGAUCUGCUGUGUCACAAUAUUCACCAACAAUGGCUUCGCAAUGGACGACAGCUCUCGCGAAGACCCGAGUAUAUCCUUGGAUUUAAAUCUCUACAAUGAUAUGGCCGAUCGAAGAGUCCUGUACAACGUGAAUGCGACUGGAGUGAACUUGCAGAGUGUAGGAAAAAAGAACCCGAAGGUGGACUUCGAAAAGGCGUCGGAUGUCGCUUCUGCUGUUGUCCGCAUCGGUCAAAAAGAUAUAUUGGAGUACAAUAACUAUUUAGUUGGAAUUGAACUUAACGACACGGAUGCUGAGAUUCUGUUCACGACCGUGGUGCGUCACGCAGCGCCCGUCGCGCUGAACCUCCUGACCAACACGAUCGCCACGCAACUGCUGCCGUACGCCGACGGCCAGACGGUCACCACGCUCAACCACCCCGUCUCGUCCGCGCCGACCCACACCCUCAUACAAGACGGCGAGACCAAAUACCGGUUCGCGACCAUGCUGUGGGCCUUCUGCGUCGUGCUCGUGGUGCAGGCGACGGUGAUCAACGCGGCGUCGCUGGCGUGCGGCGAGCGCGCGUCGGGCGCGCGGCGCGUGCUGGCGCUGAGCGGCGCGGCGCCGGCGCGGCUGUGGGGCGCCACGCUGCUGGCGCACGCGCUGCUGUACGCGCUGGUGCUGGUGCUGCCCACGCUGCUGGCCGCCGCCGCGCUCGACCGCGACCGCACCAUCGACCGCCCCGACUUCCUCGGUGCUAUGGCAGUGAUUUUGUUCCUGGGCAUCAUAUCGUUCCUGGCACUGAUCUACAUCGUCAGCUUCAACUUCGAGGAGCACGGCGCGAACAUCGUACACGUCGCUAUGGUAUUCAUGUUUGGAUUCUUCACGCCCUCCGUAAAGACGGUAACGGACACGUUCGGCCACGACAAGGACUUGGCCGACUACGUGCUGUCGGCGCUGAGCUACGCGCUGCCGCCGCACACGCUGACGGCGUGCGCGCUGCGCGCCGCGCACGUCGCCGCGCACGCGCCCGCGCUCGCCGCAGCUAACGCGACAGAAACAUUGUGCUACUUUUGUUUCAACGAGAACGCUCCCGGGGAGCUUAUGCUUGUAAUGUUGUUGCAAUUUGUUGUUUACAUGAGUAUAGUGAUCCUAACUGAAUAUGGGGUUUUCAAUAUGAUGUUUGACCGUUUAUUGAACUCGAAAUAUCAAGUGUCGUCUCCGGUGGACGUGGACGAGAUGGUCCGCGCAGAGAAGGCGUACGUCGAAAAGGCUAUCACUCUGCCUAAAAAUCAGAUCCAGGACGCGAUGCUGGUCAACGAAGUACAUAAGAAAUAUUGGCGUCUCUUCGGCAAGUCUUGCAACGCAGUGAAGGGAGUCAGCUUUUCCGUUAAAAAGGGUGAAUGUUUCGGUCUGUUGGGCGUCAACGGUGCUGGUAAAUCGAGUACGUUCAAGAUGAUGACUGGUACCGAAUGUCCCACGCGUGGGUCGAUAUUUGCCAAUGGGCAUUUUAUGACCCCAUUCUCUACUAAGUAUCUGCAAUCGCUCGGCUACUGCCCACAAUUCGCCGGUCUCGACGAUUUCCUCACGGGCUACGAGAAUUUGAAGCUACUCCUAACGUUACGAGGCCUAGAGCCGGCUGAUGUCGAAAUGGAAGCAAAAACUUGGAUCGAGAUCGUCGGCCUCGAGAAGCACGCGCACCGGCGCGUGGCGGGCUACUCGGGCGGCUGCAGCCGGCGCCUCAGCGCGGCCGCGGCGCUGUGCGCGGGCGGCGCCGCCACGCUGCUGGACGAGCCCACGGCCGGCGUGGACGUGGCGGCGCGGCGCCGCGUGUGGGCCGCCGUGCGCCGCGCCCGCCGCGCGCGCGCGCUCGUCGUCUGCUCGCACAGCAUGGACGAGAUGGAGGCGCUGUGCGGGCGGCUGGCCAUCCUGUCGGCGGGCCGCGUGCGCGCGCUGGGCGGCGCGGCGGCGCUGCGCGCGGCGCACGCGGCGGGCCACGCGGUGCAGCUCAAGCUGGCGGCGCGCGCCGGCCGCGGCGACGAGACCGACAGUUCGAAAUCUGAGCUGCAUCGCCUGAAAGCGGCCCUCCAGCAGAGAUUCAACUGCACGCUCCGGGACGAGCACAGGACGAUGCUGCACUACCACAUCAACGACACGUUGAGGUACAGCGAGCUUUUCACCGAGUUAGAAAACCUCAGGGAAAAUUUUUCACUCCUAGAAGACUAUUCCGUGACUGAGACGACACUGGAGGAAGUGUUCCUGUCGUUCGCCAAAGAGGAAGCAAAGGAUGAACCGACGCCAGUAUAACUAAGCCAACGUAGGACACGUUGGCUUAGUUAUUGGGAAAACGUGGAAAUGAACAAAACUAACUAAAGAGCCAUUUAAUGAGAACUAUACAAGUCUCUUAAAUCAAAUUUGAAGAUUUGUAAGUUGUAUUCCGUCAAUUUAAAAUUUUAUACAAUAACGUUAAUAUAUAUUAGUGCUUAAAUAUUAAUUAUGACGCCAUUGUCAUAAGCUAAGCGCGCUUUGAUGUAAUCUCUAUAAAAUUAAUUACUUAGAAUUCGAACAAUUUACAACUGGUCUAAAAUGAAGUACUUCAAAUAGUAUUUCAAGGCCUUGCAAAGAAUUUUUCUUUACAUGAAUUCAGAUUACGGAGUUACAAGAAAUUUGCCUCAUACCUAAAGAUUUAAUAAUACUGAAAUAUUAGAUUCUUUGAUCCCCAUUGGCCUUCGUCGUACGUCUUAUGGCGAUAAUCCACGAAGUAUUAUUCCACAAAAGUAUUUACGACGUUUUUGCCGAACAAAUAAGGUCUAUUACGUUUUUACAGUGAUUCACAAUUUGUCUAAUAUUUGAUUCCCAAUUCCAUAACUAAACUAGCAGCUUUAUUUUAACAUAACAUACAGGCUAGAUAUGUUAAUUUUAAGAUACAAUAUUACAUUGCUCGCUGUCAACGAGAAAUGCAAUUUCUCUUGUUUAGUCGAAAAGCAACUAUUAAGAACCAAAGGUUUAGCAACGCCCAAACAGAUUAUUACGUGAUUUUUAGUUAUUUAUGUUUGUUCCUUUGUUUUAUUGUGAAGUAUUUUCGUUUUCUGCCAGGGGAUGGGGGGAGGCAGAUAGAGUUAUUUUAGUAACGUAAAUAGUUACCUCAAUACUAUGUCAUAAGUUAUUCUCGAGAAUUGCUAGUUGCAAAUCAGUACUGUUAAGACAUUCCGAUGUAACGUGUGAUUUAAAUCCUUACAAACUGAAAACGCACUUAUUUUUUUGUAUAUAGCACGUUUUGUUUGCGUACUCAAGCUUAUAAUGCUAGUGUUAAGAAUUAUAUAACGACAAUUUAUUUUUCAUUAUAAUAACAGGUGUAAUGUUAAAAUUUUAAUGUAAAGUCUAUUUCAUAAAUUAUUUCGAGGGCGAUGUUUACAUGCGUCUAAAGUGAACUUUGACCAAUAGACAUUAUCCUUAAAUUAAAACUAUUGUUUCGAAUUAUAUUACCUCAUUACAUUGUUAUUUCAAAUAGAAGUCAAUUUCGGGUUCGCCCUGUAUAUUCAAAAUAAAUAACAUUAAUCCUCUAAGUGUAACGCCUUUUACGAGCCUUAAAUAUAAGUUAUUGUUAAAAUAAACAGUAGCAAUGCUUAUAAAGUGUAUUAUGAUGCUUGUUAUCGUGUCAGUGUUGCUGUGAUACGUAGUAUUAAAUAUAUUUAAAAUACGUGUGCUUUUGUACACAACAGAUCGCGUCACGUAACUUUGCCGCUCUGAUAUGCGCACUGAACAGCGAUUGAUAACGCAGUUGUCAAUAUUACGACCGUAACACGUCGCUGCGGUUUUUACGAUUCUUGUUUUUUGGAGACUAUAAAAAGGCAGAGUUACUUUAUGUGAACUGUAUUUUGUCGCAGCGUUAUUAUCAAAGUCGUGAUAAUACUCAGGAUUGUAUCCAUUGCCUUAAUUACAUACAAUUAAGUAAAUAUGUACGGACAAGUGGAGACAAUUAGUGAGUGGUAUGUGAUUUUUUUUUAUUGUUUCAAAUCGACUCCUGAUUGGCCCAUUAUUGUCACUUUUGACUUAGACAAGUAACAUUUCACAAGUAGCUCGAUCAGUCGACCAAUCAAAUAGCACGGGUUAUCCUGCCGGAAUCAAUAAUAAAAUAACUCCCUGCUGCUAUUGAUAAUUUAAGUCAGUACUUUUAGUUUUCAAAAGUUAUAAUAAUUACGAUUAAACUAAAAUUCAUCCAUGUCAGAACAAUAUUGUAAUGUCAGAAGUAAAAAUAUAAUGUCAUAUAUUUGAUAAUAAACCCGCGAUAUUAUAUAUGUAUACACCUAUCUUGAUAAACUUAAUUUAUUUUAUAGUUUAGUUAAUAUCAUUACACUACUCAUACAUUGACUCAAAAUUCACUUUGCUUUAUUUUUAUAGUAUUACUGAAAUUUUUAUAAGAAACCGUACAUAGCACUUGGGUAUUCUAUUAUUAAGUAUUUGUAUUUUUCAGCAUUUUUGAUACACAAUUCGGAACUUUGCCCUUAAAAUUAAUUUUAAUAACAUCAUAAACACACGUGAAGUCAAUAUAAUGUAAUUGAAAUAUAAACUAAAAUGAUUUUAGAACUUAUAAAAAUUAUGCUAUAGAACUUCUUUAAUGAUGACAUACAGACCACCAUAUUGUCUUGUGUAUAAAUAUAUAUAUAUAUUUUUUUAUAAACGUUAAAAACACAAAAUUGAUUGUAAUUUCUAAUAAUUGCAGAUUAUUGACUGACACGAUUAUAUUUAACAAUUCAUAAAAUAAUUUUCAAUUUUUAUUUUACAUAGUUAGAUCCUAUCACAAACAAGCAUUAUUAAUUGAUUUUAAUUGUAUCAUUAAUAAAACAUUAUUAUCCAAUAUCUUAUUAAUAUGUUCUAUUGCAGCUAUUUGCUAACUUUUUUUUAUGUGAUUAUAGUUAACUAACCUAAAGGAAAGGUUCAGAUUUGAAUGAAAAUCCUGUUUAGUUAGUUCGGCAUUUAUAGGCAGAGGCUUAGAAGUCAUUCGUAAUUAUAUCUUUUAAAUAUUUAUAUGAAACAGACUACAAUCUCUCAUUGGUUUUCAAGAUAUAUACGAUCACAUUGUUGUCUCACCUUUUAAUAUAGUUUCUUUAAUAUGAUAUUAUUAACCACACCUACCUAGUAUUAUUUACGUAGCGUUUAAACAAUGUAAGUUAACAUAUUAGUAAAAAAAUAAAUAUUUUAUUCCCUUGCUUAAAUCAUAUUGAGAUCUGAUAUAGUUUAAAAAUUAAUUUUUGCACAUGUAAUAUGUUUUUAUUUCAUUUAAAUUAAUAUAUUUGUGAACAAUAUUCUUUAGUGUAACUACAUUUUCAUUAGCACCAUAUGACGACAAGAUCUCACUUUUAUAAUUAUAAUUUUUUCUCUAUAUUAAAACUUGUCAUAAAUUAAAAUAACUUUAACAAGUAAAGAAAAGACUGCCAUAUUUAUU